AUGCCACUCCUACGACCCGUACUAGGACGUCGAACAGCCAACCUACGAGUACGACUACUACGAGGACUUUCAACAGCUACCAAUCCCGCAGCAAGCCAAACAAAUAAACAUGCCGCCUCCAACCGCGUGAGACUCGUGGAGGUUGGCCCCCGAGAUGGGCUACAGAACGAGAAGAAGACGAUCCCGUUAACGACAAAGAUUGAGUUGAUCUCGAGGUUGGCAAAGACAGGUCUCACGGACAUCGAAGCUGGUUCUUUCGUUGCUCCGAAAUGGGUACCACAGGCGCAUUGGCAGAUGGCAGAUUCAAACGAGAUACUGGAAUAUAUCCUCAAAUACCCUCCAACCUCCCUAAACCCAAUUGCCUACUCUUUCCUGGCCCCAAACGCAAAAGGCCUCCAAAAUGCCCUCUCGAUACUCAAAAACCACCCUAACGCCUACAGCACUCUCUCCGAACAACCAACCCAAAAGGAAUCUACCGCAGAUACAAAAAGCCCUCUCAUUGAGCUCUCUGUUUUCGCAGCAGCCACCGAAAGCUUCUCGCAAAAGAACUUGAACUGCUCUAUUGCGGAAUCACUGUCGAAAUUCCAAGAGGUAAUUGAAGCAGCUAAAAACCAAGACUUGCGAGUCAGGGCAUAUAUUUCCGUCGUACUAGGCUGUCCAUUCGAAGGAUACGAUGUGGAUCCACACCGGGUAGCGGAAAUAGCCUGUGACUUGAUGCAAAUGGGCGCGGAUGAGAUUUCGUUGGGGGAUACCACGGGUAUGGGUACAGCUCCCAGGACGAAGGAGUUGUUAAAGGCUAUGCGGAGUGCUGGGAUUAGGAGUGAGGAUAUUGCAAUGCACUUCCAUGAUACAUAUGGGCAGGCGUUAGUCAAUACGGCUGUGAGUUUGGAGUCUGGUAUCACCACCUUUGACUCCAGCGUUGGUGGCCUGGGCGGGUGUCCAUAUAGCCCUGGCGCCACAGGCAAUGUAAGCACGGAGGAUAUGAUAUACUUUGUGGAAAGCUUGGGGAUGACCACUGGAGUUGACCUAGAUGCUGUUACUGAUAUUGGAGCAUGGAUCACCAAUGACAUUGGAAAGGAGAAUUCGAGCAGCGUUGGCAAGGCAAUUUUGGGGAAAAGACUGGCCCAGCUGUAA